AUGGACACGCAAAGUCCCGGCCGAACGAGGUCGGCUCUCAUCCUGUAUGGAUCCGAGACCGGCAAUGCACAGGAAGUGGCCGAGGAAUUGGGCGCCCUAGCUGAGCGUCUACGGUUCGCGACACAUGUUUCCGAGUUGAAUCAGUCGAGGCCGGAAGACCUCUCUUCGUACACAAUAACCAUAUUUGUUGUAUCGACCACCGGGCAAGGUGAUUUACCUGCGAAUGCGCGGGCGUUUUGGAAAUCCCUUCUGCUUAAGAAGCUGCCAGCAACAUAUUUGGAUGGAGUCCACUUUGCGACUUUUGGACUAGGAGAUAGCUCGUAUCCCAAGUUUAACUGGGCAGCGCGCAAGCUUUACAAGCGGUUGCUGCAACUCGGCGCAAAAGAUAUUUACCCGAUCGGAGAGUCGGAUCAGCAGCACCCUGAGGGACUUGAAGGCACUUUUAUACCCUGGAUGACCGAGUUCCGAAAGCAUUUGCUGGAUAUACACCCUCUGCCACCUGGUCAGCAUCCAAUUUCAGACGAUGUACAGCUGCCACCAAAAUGGAUUCUGCAAUUGAGAGAUGGCGAAAAACCAGUCCAAACCCCAGAGCCCAAGAAAUCAACGGCAAGCAUAGCUGAACCGGAUGAAAACCCUGGCUUGAACAAUUUGGACUGCGAUCUCAGGCCACUGCCUGAUACUAUGAAUGCGACUCUCGUGCAAAAUCAACGUAUCACACCACAAUCUCAUUGGCAGGACGUUCGACGGAUUACUUUGACAGUUUCAGAAUCUGUGUCGUACAAUCCCGGAGACAUGAUCGCCAUCAUGCCCAAAACCUCGCCAAGUGAUGUGCAGAUACUCCUUGAUUUGAUGGGUUGGAACGAGCAAGCAGAUGCUCCCAUUGCCCUUGUUCCAACAGGCAACACACUCGCGCCCCCUCCCGUACCUGGCCUCAGUGCAUAUUCAAACCUGACCCUACGCUCUCUUUUCACAGACUAUCUCGACAUCAAAGCUAUUCCGCGCAGAUCAUUCUUUUCAACGAUAGCACACUAUACAAGCGAUGAGAUGCAUAAAGAGCGACUUCUCGAGUUCACAAACCCUGAAUAUCUUGAUGAAUUGUGGGAUUACACGUCGCGCCCUCGACGAAGUAUUCUGGAAGUGCUGCAUGAGUUUGACUCUGUCAAAAUCCCCUGGCAACACGCAGUCUCCGUGUUCCCCAUCACCCGAACACGGCAAUUCAGCAUAGCUAGUGGUGGAGAGCGAAAGCGGACUUCCGAUGGUCACACCCAAUUCGAGUUACUCAUUGCCAUCGUCAAGUACCAAACAGUCAUCAAAAGGAUUCGCGAGGGCGUCUGUACCAAGCAUUGCGCCUCUGCGGUCCAUGCUUUGGAAAAGGCAGCCUUGGUCCAAGCCUUCCGCGAGCAGAACCCUGACAUCGAGCCCCCCGUCGGGCCAACCGUAUCACUCUACGGUGGUCGCAACCGCACCGCAGAUUUCUUUUUCGAAGAAGAUUGGGACUAUCUCAGUAAAUUGAUCCCGCUGCAGGUGCUUACGGCGUUCUCGCGUGACCAGCAUCAGAAGAUCUACGUGCAAGAUACCAUUCGCCAGGACUUCGAAUUGUUCUUCCGUCUUCUUCAUGACAUGCGUGGGUCUGUCUUUAUUUGCGGGUCUUCAGGACGUAUGCCUCAAGCUGUGCGAGAAGCUCUUAUUGAGGCUUUCGCAAAUGGUGGGACGUCGGAGACGGGUCAGUCAUAUAAUCGCUUGCAGGCGGAGGAGUACUUGAUUAGCAUGGAGAAGAUCGGUAGAUAUAAGCAAGAGACAUGGUAA